AUGUCCGUCGGAGGCCUUUCGCGGCAAGCUCUCCAACAAAUGUUGUCCACGUCCAAGAAUCCUUCCGCCAGACAAAGCACCGAUUCCAAAGAAAAUGCAACGAAGCCGGUGAAAUUACCAUGUGAGAUUCAAGACCUUCGGAAAGUAAACUACACGCUCACCGAAGAGAAUAUACGUCUAAGAAAAGAAAACCGAGAACUUAGGCAACAGCUGGCGAAUUUGGCUGAAGCUAGCGCGAAAGAGCGUCAAGAAUUGAUGAUGAGUAUUGCUUGGCAGACAAAAGUGGAAGACCUUCGUUCAACAGCGGCUCGGAUAAUCAAUUCGUUGGACAUUGCAAAGAAGCACAUAUCUGGAAACCUAAUUGGGUUAAGUGAGAUUGUACCCACAAGCGAACAACUAUUGGCCAGUUCAUCCAGCUUGCCAACCGUCGAUGAAUCCCCUGAGCUGCAUGCUGGCGUCGUGGCAAUGCCAGCGAAGAACGACACCGUUACCCAGAGAGCGACACCCAAAAGUGCUAAAAGAAGAAAGAGUCGUACUGCGAGCGAGUUUGUUGCUCCAGUUCUUUCCCCCAAGGCAACACCUCGAACUUCCAAAAACCACGAUCUGCAAGGCCAAACAGGGCGAUUUUUAAACAAUAUUUCGAAUAUAAAUGGCGACAUGCGAGCCACACCGAAAAAGCAAAAAGCCAUGAACGUCACGGGCGGGUUCAACAUUAGCUCUCCAACGGACUUUCGGGAAUACGAGGCCGGCCAUCGUUCGGCUACACCGGCGAACCGAGUUCGGCGAGCGAGCGCCACUCCUAAAUGUUACGCACUGCCAAAGCUCAACACCAAAAUGCGGCGUCUACCCGGCGAA